ACGACGCAUGCGCGCACAGAAGGUAAACAAAUAUGGAGACGCAUGUGCACGUUUUUACUGUCCAUUUUUUGGGGGACAAAUAUUGAUAUGACAUGUUUUUCUAUGAAUAAUCUUAAUCGGGAUGUAUAGAAGGAGCCCCAAAAUAUGUCAAUUUUAAAACAAAAAUAUUUUAAUGGCAAUGUAAUGGCAGAAAAUAAAACGUUGGAUGCAGUGAAAAAGUGUUUGAGAGACUUCCCUCUGGAGGCACGUGAGCUAUAUCUCAAUAAAACAGUGCCGUGUCUAGAGCAGCCCCUUUCCCCACUUGAGUUCUACCGGGAAUGGAUUGGUCCAAAUAAACCCUGCGUCAUCCGGAAUGCUUUCGGUCAUUGGCCAGCCUUGUCCAAAUGGAAUCCCUCCCAUCUCCGGGAAGUGGUGGGUUCAAAGGUCAUCAGUGUGGCCGUGACCCCAAAUGGCUAUGCAGACGCAGUUAACCGGGACCGCUUUGUCAUGCCUGAGGAGCGGCUGAUGACCUUCUCCUCUCUGCUGGAUGUUGUGGAGGGGAAGGUGGAGAGCAGGGGAGUGUUCUACGUCCAGAAACAGUGUUCUAACCUGACCGAGGAGCUGCCAGAGCUGACUGGGGACGUGGAGACUCACAUACCCUGGAUGAGUGAAGCUCUCGGGAAGUUACCAGAUGCAGUGAAUUUCUGGUUAGGAGAAGCCGGUGCAGUCACGUCGAUGCACAAGGACCACUAUGAGAACCUGUACUGUGUCAUCACUGGAGAGAAACACUUCAUCCUUCUCCCGCCAUCUGACAGGCCCUUUAUACCUUACGAGCACUACCAGCCUGCAGUGUACAGACAGAGAGAUGAUGGGGACUUCGACGUGGUUGAUGUGGCAGAUUCAGACAAGGUUCCUUGGAUACCAUUGGACCCGUUAAAGCCAGACCUGGAGCUUUACCCUGACUACAGUCUGGCACGCCCACUCCAUGUUACUGUCAAGGCCGGGGAGAUGCUCUACCUGCCCUCUCUCUGGUUCCACCAUGUUCGCCAGUCUCACGGUUGCAUUGCAGUGAAUUUCUGGUAUGAUAUGGAGUAUGACAUCAAAUACAACUACUUCCAGCUGGUGGAGUCGCUGGCUGGAGCUGUGGGGCCGCUUUGACAUUUAAAUUCAUCUGAUAUACCAGCAAAUCUCUUCAUGGUUUGUGCCUCAAAUGGCAACCUAUUCCCUUUUAUAGCGCACUACUUUUGACCAGGGCCCAUAGGGCUCUAGUUAAAAGUAGUUCCGUAUAUAGGGAAUAGGGUGCUAUUAGGGAUGUAUUCUAUGUAAAUAAAGCGCUUAGUCUGAAAAAAAUA